AUGGCAGUCGAGGAUGCACUUGUUGGUGGUGCAUCAGGAAUUUUGAAAAGGCUGGUUUCUGUUGUUUCCGGUGAGAUUAGUCUGGCUUGGGGGGUCGAGGAUGAACUGAAAAAGCUUAAAGACAAUUUGGAGUUGAUCAAGGCUGAAACAUCUAAUGCAGAGAAGAGGCAGGGGAACAAUGCUGAAGUUUCACUCUGGAUAAAAAGGCUCAAGGGAGUUGCUUACGAUGCUGAUGAUGUUCUAGAUGAAUGUUCUUAUGAAGCUAUGCGUCAAUCUGAAAAGAGCUGCAGUAAGGUAAAAGACUUUUUUUCAUCCUCCAGCCAAGUUGCCUCUAGUUUUAAAAUGGCUCACAAAAUCAAAGCUAUCAACAAACAGUUAAACCAAAUUGCAAUUGAUAUGAAAAAGUUUGGGUUUGAAUCGAUUAGUUCCACUAGUCGGUACGAUGACCAAACUGCUGAGAAACGUCAGCGAGAAACUCGUUCAUUCUUUGGAGAUUUAGAGAUUGUAGGAAGAGAGCAUGAUAACUCAGAGAUAGUAAGGCUGUUAACCUCAUCUUCACUAAGUCCUGAUCAACAAGAAAAAGUCUCUGUAAUAUCCAUAGUAGGCAUGGGGGGACUUGGAAAGACCACUUUGGCUCAGUCCAUCUACAAGUCAGUAGAAAAACACUUCAUAAAAAGACUAUGGGUUUGUGUGUCUGAUGAGUUUGAUAUUUACAAAAUCUUACUAGACAUUAUGGAGUCCAGUACUAGUUCUAAAUGCCCAAAAUUUUCAAACAUUAAUGUAUUGGUAGAUAAAGUUCUAAAAGAAUUGCAAAACAAACUAUAUUUGCUGGUACUUGAUGAUUUGUGGACUGAAGAUUUCAUGGAAUGGAAUAAACUUAAAAGUUACCUAAACGUUGGCGCAGUUGGCAGCAAAAUCAUUGUCACCACUGGUAAACAAGAAGUUGCAUCUGUGGUACGGGGUGUAAUUCCUCCGUAG